AUGAUAGCUAUCGAUGUAGCUGGUUGCUAUGAAGCUAAACAAGAGAUUAGCGAAUUCGUUGACUACCUCAAAAAUCCAAACAAGUACACGAAAUUGGGUGCGAAACUACCUCGAGGUGCUUUACUAACUGGACCCCCUGGAUGUGGUAAGACCCUCAUUGCGAAAGCUCUGGCGGCUGAAUCAACUGCACCAUUUAUAUCAAUGAAUGGGUCGGAGUUUGUGGAAGUAAUUGGUGGACUUGGCGCCUCUCGAAUACGUGGUCUAUUCAAGGAAGCACGAUCUCGAGCUCCAUGCAUUAUCUACAUUGAUGAGAUUGAUGCCAUAGGAAAGAAAAGAAGCGCGUCUAAA